GCGAUCGCAUGGGUACGCGCAACCGAGGCGCGAUCUACACCGCCCAGUUCCCACUCGAAUUCGCUCGCGAUCGGUCGACAGUUUAAGGUGCUCUGUUUGCGGCCGAAAAAAACGAAGGAAAAGUUUAUAAAGUUGUAGCCGAAAAAGAAAACAUACCUUCAGCGCCCGCCUUUUUGCCCACAUACCAACGCUGCCGUGUGUGUGUGUGGCCAAGUGAUUGUUUGAGUGAGUGUGUGUGUGAUAGUGUAGGUGUGCUAUUUUGUAGGUGUUCAUCACAAAAAGCCGGCUCCACUGACGACGCCAUGGACGCAGAGUCGGAGGGCAUUCCGCCGGUGGCGACCGGCAGUGGCCAACCGUCCACCACCGACACAGAGCUCGAUCUGGCGGCGAGACGGAAAAAGUUCAUGUCCCAACCGUCGACCGUGGCCAUCCGGCGCCAGCAGGCCGUCUGCGUGCGACGGGCGCACAAAAUCUACGGCACCAAAAAGAACCCGAACGUCAUCCUGGACGGGUUGAACAUGACCGUACCGAAGGGCUCGAUCUACGGACUGUUGGGCGCAUCGGGCUGCGGUAAAACGACCCUGCUCUCCUGCAUCGUUGGCCGGCGCCGGCUCAACUCGGGCGAAAUCUGGGUGCUGGGUGGGCGGCCCGGGUCGCGCGGUUCCGGCGUGCCCGGACCGCGCGUCGGUUACAUGCCGCAGGAGGUAGCGCUGUACGGUGAGUUUACCAUACGCGAAACGCUCAUCUACUUCGGCUGGAUCUACGGCAUGACCACGGACCAGGUGGACGAGAAGACGGACUUUCUGUGCAAGCUGCUGCAGCUGCCGAACGCGUCGCGGUUCGUGAAAAACCUGUCCGGCGGGCAGCAGCGGCGCAUGAGCCUGGCGGCCGCACUGCUGAACGAGCCGGAGCUGCUCAUCCUGGACGAGCCGACCGUCGGCGUGGAUCCGGUGCUGCGGCAAAGCAUCUGGGACCAUCUGGUGGAGAUUACCAAGUCCGGCAACACGACCGUGAUCGUGACGACGCACUACAUCGAGGAGACGCGCCAGGCGCACGUGAUCGGGCUGAUGCGCGGCGGCAAGUUUCUGGCGGAGGAGUCGCCGGCCGACCUGCUCGCCCAGUACCAGGCGGAAUCGCUCGAGGACGUGUUUCUGAAGCUGUCCGUCCUGCAGAACAUGGGCAAGCGGAGACGCUCGUCGAUCGCGCAGGAGGUGGUGGAGCACGUGCGCAUACCGGCCAUCAGCAAUCCGGCCCUGGACCUGUCGCCCGAGGAGGACCAUGGCGAAAUAUCUGGCGAGUUCGGCGACAACAUCUCGAUGUCAUCGCGCGGACCGGACGCGGUGACGCCGGAAAUACAGGCGCCCCCGUUGCCGCCGGAGGAGGACACCAAGACGCCGCUCGUCGAGUACUUGAAGUUCAUCAAGCCGAACCAUAUGCGGGCACUGAUCUGGAAAAACUUCCUCUGGAUGUGGCGUAACGUCGGUGUGAUGGCAUUCAUCAUUGGACUGCCGGUAGCACAGAUCAUUCUGUUCUGCUGGGCGAUCGGGCACGAUCCGGUCGGUUUGAAGCUGGCCGUUGCCAACUACGAGCUCGAGGAGGCAGGCUACAGCUUCCAGGACUGUCCAGUCUAUCCCGGCUGCAACUACUCACUGCUCAGCUGUCGCUACAUGGAGUUCCUGAAGAAUAGGAGCGUUGUAUUGGAGCUCUUUUCCUCCGAAAGUGACGCGUUACAGCAAGUCAGCAGGGGCAAUGCAUGGGGCGCACUGGUGUUUGCUUCCAACUACUCCGACUCGCUAGUGGAGCGUACCGAACGAGGUCGCGAUGUGGACGAUUUCACCAUAGACUCAGCCAAUCUGGCCGUGACGAUGGAUAUGUCAAAUCAACAAAUAGGAACGCUUCUGUACCGAGACAUCCAGUAUGCCUACUUUGACUUUAUCGAAAACAUACUGAUCGACUGUGAGGUGAACCCGUCGAACGGGCGCAUACCCUUCCAGUGGAACAAGCCCGUUUACGGCGAUCGGAAGCCGAACUUUACCGACUUUGCGGCGCCCGGUGUCAUUCUCACCAUCAUUUUCUUCCUCUCCGUUGCGCUUACCUCCGGCGCCAUGCUGAUCGAGCGCAACGAAGGCAUUCUCGAGCGUUGCCUCGUGUCCGGCAUUACCGGUAUAGAAAUACUGUUCUCCCAUGUCACCACCCAGUUCCUGGUGAUGUGCUUCCAGACCGCGCUCGUCAUGGUGUUUAGCUUCUCCGUGUUCAACCUUACGAAUCGGGGCGACAUCGUGUGGGUGAUCCUGCUCACCAUCCUGACCGGGCUGUGUGGCAUGUGUUUCGGAUUCGUCGUAUCGUGCUCCUGUGAUAACGAGCGCUCCGCCACGUACAUGGCGAUGGGCAGCUUCCUGCCGAUCGUCAUGCUGUGCGGCAUCAUCUGGCCGAUCGAGGGCAUGCAUCCGCUGGUGCGCGUGUUUUCCGUCUUUCUACCGCUCACCAAAUCGACCGAAUCGCUGCGCUCCAUACUGCAGCGCGGCUGGCUGAUCGAGGACCCGAACGUGUACAUCGGUUUCGCCUCCACUGCCAUCUGGAUCGUGAUCUUCCUUACCAUUAGUAUACUGCUGCUCAAGUUCAAGAAGGGAUAAGCUGCGCCGCUAGCGCUCAGCAGAAGCCCGGAGGUUUCAGGGUUGCGUAAGACAAGAAUGAACACACACAACAACAACAACAACAACAAAACACAAGCCAGGGCAUUGAGAUCGAGCGAGCUUAGCUAGUGAGCUCUGCACACUAUCAAUCCCGGGCAUGGGGGUGCUUAGUCAAACACAUGGGGGUUUUAUGUUUAGGUUAGUUACUUUUUUUUUUUUGGCUGGACUAGAGUACGUUUCAUUUCACCGGCCAUUCUUCCCACGGGACAGGUGGGUAGGUAGGUCUAUCCGGCCGUGGAAACGGGCACGGUACUGAACCAUUGCACUCAAACGGUUGGCUUUUUGUUUUGUGCUGCGCGUGAACACACUCCCCGGACACCGAGCGGUAGGCACCGGUUGUCUGUAUUUAUAACAUUUCUCGACCGACCGUUCUCCUCAUAGUGUGCGUCUUCAACAUUCACGCGCUCGUUUGAUGUGCGUCUAAAGCUAGUGUUUUUGUGUGCAGCGCGAGUUUUGUAGGUAGGUUAAGGCAGGAACAUGGAAUUCAAUAAAACCAAACAACUAUUUUAGCGUA